AUGCCGCCAACCCUUCCGCAAAAGAGCCUGAAGAGAGACGCCUCGCAUCUGUCGUCACCGGCGCCAGAGUCCAGCCAGAGCAAGAAACUGCGAGUGGCGUUCGACGACAGGGUCGACGUCCGAAUCAUGGAUGACUGGACGGCUAAGCCGUUGGAUCUGGUCAAGGACGAAGUGAGAAGUGCACUCGAGGGCCAUCUCAGGUCUGGCGCCGACAAGGACGAUGGCGCAUAUGAACAGCUUAGGAUGGUCUUCAUUAGCGCAGCGCCCUCGCGAUCCCACGACAGCGCCUCGGUGUCGUCACAUAGCGAAGCACCCAGCACCGCUACGCUCAAGAAGUAUUUGGUCGCCCUGAGUGGUCGUGUGAGCGAUCUCAAGGCUUGUGGCAAGCUGGUACACGCCGUCCUCGACGUCAACUGGCUCGGCAGAGACGAUGCUUUUGUAGCUCUCUAUGUCCGCUUCCUCGGUACUCUAGGGAGUGCUGUACCUGGAUUCCUCAGGACUGUGCUCGACCGCAUUGUGGGACACUUUGUCGAGGGUCGCAUACCAAACGAGCCUUACGUCCCCAGACAGCAGAUGGUUGUUCGAGUACACAACGCCCUUCGAUACCUGCUACGCCUGAUCCCAUCCGCCAACAGCGGUCUAGCCGAGUCUCUUCGCGGCCAGUUUCCAAAUCACAGAACUGCUUCCCGUCAAGGUUACAUUGCUUUCGUCAAAAACUCGCUCAAGACCAUCGAGUACGCCCCCGAACUAAAAGCCGAGAUUCAGACUCUUAUCACCGAGCGCCUGGUCAAGAUUGAUGUCGAAGUACAAGAAGAGUUGGAUGAUUUGGAAGACGAGGUCGAUGAGGGCCGUGUGCUCGGACUCUCUGGUCUGUCAGAAGCAAAAGAAGAUGCAGACGACUCGAGUGAUGACAGUGAUGCCGACUCAGACUCUUCGAGCGAGAUCAGCAUGACACCCGAAGAGACCCAUCUCCGUGCUCUGCGCGAUACUGUCGCCAAGCUCGAUUCAGUCUUAGAUCUCUUGUUCUCUCAUUACACUCCCACCUUUGCCAGUGGCAAGAUGUACGAGGUCAACGAUGCCUUCGAGCACCUGAUCUCACAAUUCUCUACCUUCAUCUUGCCUACAUACCGUUCGCGACACACGCAGUUCCUCGUCUUCCACUUUGCUCAGAUGUCUCAGGGCUAUGCUGAGCGUUUUGCCGGCGUUCUUAUCCGUCUUGCUACUGGCCGCAGCUCUGCUUCGAACGGCUCCUUGUCUGCUGCUGCCUAUCUGGCUAGCUUCAUCGCUCGCGGUGCUCGAGUAAACAAGACGCUUAUUCGCUCCAUUUUCACAAGACUUGGCAACCACCUCGACACAUUGCGUCGCAACUACGAGUCCGCAUGCGAAGGACCUAACCUGAGCCGGUACGGAACCUUUUACGCAAUUGCUCAGGCUAUGCUCUACAUCUUCUGCUUCAGAUGGAGGGACUUCAUCAUGACUCCUGACGACGCAGACAUCGAAGACUACGAUAUCUUCGAGGAAGGCGAACCAGAGUGGCUUCCUGGCAUUAAGGAGUGCUUGACCCAAGCUAUUUACUCCAAGCUCAACCCUCUCAAGGUUUGUGCACCCGCCAUUGUUCACCAGUUCGGAGCAAUCGCCAACCAUCUCCGCUUCAUGUACGUUAUUCCCCUAUUGGAGACCAACAAGCGUCUGCGUCUGUCUUCCUUCCGUUCUUUGACUGCACCUGUCAGCAGAGACAUGGGUGCCGCAAGAAGAGAGAACACCCUCAGCCACCAAAGCGGCGAAGCCCAUCAUCAGCUGGAUGCCUUUUUCCCCUUUGAUCCUUAUCAAUUGCCUAAGAGCAAGAAGUGGCUGGAAGGGGACUACAUGGUAUGGAAGGGAGUACCUGGCAUGCAAGACGACGAUGAUGAGGAUGAUGAUGAGAGCAGUGAUGAAGACGAGGACGAGGACGAAUUCGGAGAAAUUGGUGACGAUCCGGAAUACGAAAGCGAGUAG